AUGUUUCGAAGAGCAUUUAAUCGGCGCUGGUACUCCCCACUGCCUAGGGUGGUCAGGCAUCGGCCGGUUCCUAGGGCAGGCAGAACCACCAAUGCCAUUUAUGAUGCAACUCCUUCCAGGGGCGCAAAUGAGCUUGGCUCCACCCGCUCAAUCAUUCAGCCGCACCAUCCGGUGGCAACCACUAUCCUCAACGAGCCCACUGUGGUAAUCGAAAGGCAAAUAGAGAUGAUGAACGUCUUUCUCGGAUUUGAGCAGGCGAACAAAUAUGUGAUUAUGGACGCUCUGGGAAACCGGAUCGGCUAUAUGCAAGAGCGAGAUUUCUCAAUCGCCAAGGCUGUGAUGCGUCAGUUCUACAGACUGCACCGUCCCUUCGUCGUAGACGUCUUUGAUAACUGGGGAAACUUGCUGCUUACUAUAAAGCGCCCGUUUUCGUGGAUAAACUCGCACAUCAAGGCAAUUUUGCCGGAUGACGCUUCUCCCCAGCAGAGCUUAGGCUCUUCAUCCGUUGAUGUGGCACCUUUUGGGUCUGGGCCCGUACCAAAAUCCACUUCAACCUUUGGCGAAGGUGGAAUCUUGGUUGGGGAGUCCGUACAGAACUGGCACUUGUGGCGUCGCCGCUACGAGCUUUUCGAGAGAGAAGCCCCCACAGAGGACUCUUUUUCUCAAUUUGCAGAGAUAGAUGCUCCCUUUCUGAGCUUCGAAUUUGCGUUAAAGGACGAAGUUGGCAAAACCAUGGGCGGGGUUGACAGAAAUUGGGUCGGUUUGGGCAGAGAGCUAUUCACUGACACCGGUGUAUAUAUUGUCAGGAUGGAUUCUCAACAGAGCCUUCAGGGAGUGCUUCCUGCCGAAAUUAUUAGCGAUCGCAUCCUGAACCUGGACCAAAGAGCUGUCUUGCUGGCGAACGCUGUGUCUAUCGACUUUGACUACUUUUCUAGGCAUUCAAGGCAUGGGGGAGGCUUCAUCGGCUUCGGAGACUACGGAGAGUAG